CUUCUUCCAUAUUUCGAAAUGCGUUUCCCUCCAUUUCUACCCAAUUACCUCCAAUUCCUAAAUCUUCUCACCAUAAUUUCAACAACCAUUUUUUGCUAUCUUUUAGAUUCAUACCAUCCAGGACGGAUACAUAGUAUUCUGAACAUUUUUAUUCUAAUCAGUCUGUGUUUGAGCCUCUUAUUUUUGUGGUUUGGUAAAGACGUGGUGUGGACGUUCGCACUAAUUGCAUUAUGUGGAAUUGCGGUAAAAAUUGUUGUGUUUUUCCUACGAGAUUAUGAUUUGGUGAUUUUCUACUACUGCUUCGCCAUUUUCCACUUUUUGUUAUGCCUCUACAUCCCAAUACACUCCUCCAGUAGAAAAUUCCAAAUGAAUUAUCGUAACAACAUAAUUUCAUAUUCUUUUAUCGCAGUCGGUAAUUUUUCAAUUCUGGUACUCGAACUUUAUAUGGCGUGGAAAUAUGAAGAGAGAUUUGCACUUAUAUUUUUUCAAGUCUACUACCAAAUCUUUGCACUAAGUGCUAGCCGUUUUUUCGAGUGGAACGGAGACAUACUAGAAGAUAAUGAAUCAGAAAAUCGAACACCUGUGCUCUCAGAGUGCCCAAUUUCCACUACAGAUGAAUAUAGUCAGACUGAGACAUUUCAACAUUGA